AUGAAGCAUGGGAAGAAAGUGUUAGAGGCUUAUUUCUUUGCACAGAAAUUGGCUGCUCUGCAAAAGAAAGCCGGUCCCACACCGACUAAGCAGAUCCUGACUCCAGAGUCACUGAUGUGUAUUGCUGGUCCGUGCCUCUCGGCUGAGAAGCAGACCAUUGAGUGGCUGGAGGUGGAUGCGGAUCCGACCGAUGCUUUUGCUGGGGUGGAUGCUGUGCCUUUGGAAUUGAAUGAGAAGGUCCAAAAGCGUUUGAUGACUGAGCUCGACGAGCACCAGCUCACCGUCCAGCAGACGGAGGAUCGUGGCAAGACCCUUGUAACGUUGCGCCGCAUCGAAGAAGGUGAGGUCGUUAUGUUGCCGUCGUUCUUGCUUUUCACAGACAAGCGCACAGCGGUGACAUUUUUACGGCGGGAUGACAACAUGAAGCAUGCUGACGCAGUGCUCCAGGUGCAGGGUGUUCUGCACAAAGGAGUCAGGACGUGUUACUACCUGGUCUUGCUUGGUGCUGCGCGAUUUCUCAACGACUUUCAAGGGUCAGACAAGACAAGUGCAAAUUGCCGGAUCGACAUUGAUCCGGCUCGUGGCCCCAAUACCGGGGCGGUGAAGUUGGUCGUUGCCACAAAGAUACCAGGCUAA